UUUAUCUGGCACCUCCAUUUUGCUUGUUGCUACCUUUAUAGCUCCCCAUCAACCCGGGCAGCCGGGAUUUAAAUUCACGGUGGCUGAGUCUUGUGACAGGAUCAAAGACGAAUUCCAGUUCCUGCAAGCUCAAUAUCACAGCCUCAAAGUGGAAUACGACAAGCUGGCGAACGAGAAGACGGAGAUGCAGCGCCAUUAUGUGAUGUACUACGAGAUGUCCUAUGGAUUGAACAUUGAAAUGCACAAGCAGACAGAGAUUGCGAAGAGACUGAACACGAUUUUAGCACAGAUCAUGCCUUUCCUGUCACAAGAGCACCAGCAGCAGGUGGCGCAGGCGGUGGAGCGAGCCAAGCAGGUCACCAUGACGGAGCUGAACGCCAUCAUCGGGCAACAGCAGCUCCAGGCGCAGCACCUCUCCCACGCCACGCACGGCCCCCCGGUGCAGCUGCCACCCCACCCGUCAGGCCUCCAGCCUCCAGGGAUCCCCCCGGUGACGGGGAGCAGCUCAGGGCUGCUGGCGCUUGGUGCCCUGGGCAGCCAGGCCCACCUGUCGGUGAAGGACGAGAAGAACCACCAUGAACUGGACCACAGAGAGAGAGAAUCCAGCACGAAUAACUCGGUGUCGCCCUCGGAAAGCCUGCGGGCCAGUGAGAAGCACCGGGGCUCCGCAGACUACAGCAUGGAAGCCAAGAAGCGGAAAGCAGACGAGAAGGACAGUUUGAGCCGAUACGACAGUGACGGGGACAAGAGUGACGAUCUGGUGGUGGACGUUUCCAAUGAGGACCCAGCGACGCCCCGGGUCAGCCCAGCACACUCCCCCCCUGAAAAUGGGCUGGACAAGGCCCGUGGCCUGAAGAGGGACCCUCCCACCAGCCCCGCCUCCGUGGCCUCCUCCAGCAGCACGCCCUCCUCCAAGACCAAAGACCUUGGUCAUAAUGACAAAUCCUCCACCCCUGGGCUCAAGUCCAACACACCAACCCCAAGGAACGAUGCCCCAACUCCGGGCACCAGCACGACCCCGGGACUCCGGUCGAUGCCGGGCAAACCUCCAGGCAUGGACCCGAUAGCCUCGGCCCUGCGCACGCCCAUCUCCAUCACCAGCUCCUAUGCUGCGCCCUUUGCCAUGAUGAGCCACCAUGAGAUGAACGGCUCCCUCACCAGCCCCAGCGCCUACGCCGGCCUCCACAACAUCCCACCCCAGAUGAGCGCGGCUGCCGCCGCCGCUGCCGCCGCCUAUGGCCGAUCGCCAAUGGUGAGCUUUGGAGCUGUUGGGUUUGACCCUCACCCCCCGAUGCGGGCCACGGGCCUGCCCUCUAGCCUCGCCUCCAUUCCUGGUGGAAAACCAGCCUACUCUUUCCACGUGAGUGCUGACGGGCAGAUGCAGCCCGUGCCCUUCCCCCACGAUGCCCUGGCAGGCCCCGGCAUCCCCAGGCACGCCCGGCAGAUCAACACCCUCAGCCACGGGGAGGUGGUGUGUGCAGUGACCAUCAGCAACCCCACGCGGCACGUCUACACAGGUGGCAAGGGCUGCGUGAAGAUCUGGGACAUCAGCCAGCCGGGCAGCAAGAGCCCCAUCUCCCAGCUGGACUGCCUGAACAGGGACAACUACAUCCGCUCCUGCAAGCUGCUCCCCGACGGGCGCACGCUCAUCGUGGGCGGCGAGGCCAGCACGCUCACCAUCUGGGACCUGGCGUCACCCACGCCCCGCAUCAAGGCCGAGCUGACAUCCUCGGCUCCGGCCUGCUACGCCCUGGCCAUCAGCCCCGACGCCAAAGUCUGCUUCUCCUGCUGUAGUGACGGGAACAUUGCCGUGUGGGACCUGCACAACCAGACCCUAGUCAGGCAGUUCCAGGGCCACACGGAUGGGGCCAGCUGCAUAGACAUCUCCCACGACGGCACCAAGCUAUGGACCGGAGGCCUGGACAACACCGUGCGCUCCUGGGACCUGCGGGAGGGCCGGCAGCUGCAGCAGCACGACUUCACCUCCCAGAUCUUCUCGCUGGGUUACUGCCCCACCGGGGAGUGGCUGGCCGUGGGCAUGGAGAGCAGCAACGUGGAGGUGCUGCACCACACCAAGCCCGACAAGUACCAGCUGCACCUGCACGAGAGCUGCGUGCUGUCCCUCAAAUUCGCCUACUGCGGCAAGUGGUUUGUGAGCACUGGGAAAGAUAACCUUCUCAAUGCCUGGAGGACACCGUAUGGAGCCAGCAUAUUCCAGUCUAAGGAAUCCUCAUCUGUCUUGAGUUGUGACAUUUCGGCGGAUGACAAAUAUAUUGUAACAGGCUCUGGUGACAAGAAGGCCACGGUUUAUGAGGUCAUCUACUAGACAAGGACUGUAACAGGGCUGUCAAACUCCGGGAGAAACAGACUCAGCUGUGCCGGGGAGACCCCGGCGAGGGGCUCCGUGCACGUGGAGGAUGGGCGGCAAGCGGGCCAGCGCUGUGCUCCGGUGGCUGAGAAGGUGCCCCCGUCACAGUCGGGACUCCCAGGUGUGGAUUGAUGGGACUCACGGACUCUGAUGGAUUUCUUCCCUCCUCCCCUUAACGAUCCUGGCAGAUGCUACACAUAGAUUUAUUCGGGGGCUCGUGGCUCCGGCUCCCC